CUCGGCUGCCAUCGGCUGUGGGUUAUUGAUUUUGGAAAAUUGACAUUGCUCGAAGAAUUUUUCGCCAUUCGACGGAGUUUCGUGUGUGAAAAAGUGAGUGUGUGAACUACUGAGGGCUGGAAUCCGGGUCAAAAGCAUGGCGUUGUGAUCCUUCGGUCUGUGGCCAGGUGUUGUGUGUGGAAAAGCGCAGGAAAAGCCACGCUAGUCGCAGUACGCGAGUGCUUCUGUGUGUCCCCUAUUCGCCUCAGCUUGUCUGGAUUUUCACCGCUGUGGAAAGGAGGCGUUUUCUGAGGUGUGAAAAAUGACCGAUCCGUGGAUAAUGAAUUUCCGGGAGAAGGUGCGCUUUCGCGACCAGUUUGCUUCUCUCAAUCCCGUCAAUGGCAUCGUCACGGGCGCUCAGGCGAAAGGCUUCUUCCUCCAGUCACAGUUGCAUCCAAGCGUGCUGAUGCAGAUCUGGUCUCUUGCGGACACAGACUCGGACGGGAAGAUGAACGUUAAUGAGUUCAGCAUCGCCUGCAAGCUCAUCAACAUGAGACUACGCGGCUUUGAUUUACCCACCACGCUACCGCCCAUCCUUCUCACCAGCCUUCUGUCGGCGGGCGGAACGCCUACAAUGACACCCACUGGAGCGGGAAGUCUCAGUCCUCUGGAGCCUGUGAAGCCCAUCGUUCCAACGCAGCCUGUUGCUCCCGUGGUUCCGAAUCUCGCGGCUGCCCAGCAGCCCAUGAUGUACACCCCACCAGUGGCUCCUGUAGCCCCCAUGGCGCCCAUGGCCAAGUUCAACUCAGUCUCCGAGACGCCCACGCCCAUCGCCGCUGCAGCUCCGCUGCCCCAGAACGGCAUGAAGCCCAGAUCAAUGUCCGUGAGCGACCGCGUGCCCUCCAUUGAUUCUCCUCCCGGAGCCGCUGAUUGGGCCAUCAAGGAUACUGUGAGACGCAACUUCACGCAGGUCUUCAACCAACACGAUCGCACCCGCUGCGGCUAUCUCACAGGCACUCAAGCACGCAAUAUCAUGCUGCAGUCGAAGCUGUCGACCGAAAUUCUAGCACAAGUGUGGACACUCUCGGACAUGGAUAAAGAUGGGAAGCUGGGUUGCGAGGAAUUCGUCCUGGCAAUGCAUCUAUGUGACAUGGCGCUGCACAAGCAGCCGAUUCCGGAUGAGCUGCCUCCUGAAUUAGUGCCGCCUAGCUUCCGGAAGGUCGCUUCGCGUCCCGGCUCCACUGCUAGUUCCCGACACGGCAGUGUAUCGUCACAAGGGCUUAUUGGGGACGUGAUCGACCCUAUGGCGGGAUUGCCACAGACGUCGUAUGAGGAUAAGCGCAAGGAAAAUUUUGAGAGAGGUCAGGUGGAACUUGAGAGACGUCGCAAGGCGCUACUGGACACUCAGCGCAGAGAGCAGGAGGAGCGCGAGAGGAAAGAGCGCGAGGAAGCGGAAAAGCGAGAAAAGCAGCGGCUGGAGGCGGAGAUGAGGCGCCAGCAGGAGAUGGAGAGGCAGCUGCAGAGGCAAAAGGAAAUCGAAAUGGAAAUGGAGGAGAAUCGCAAGAGACAGCAAGAACAGAAGGAAGCAGCUAGAAAGGAAAUGGAAAGGCAGCGCCAACUUGAGUGGGAGAAGCAGAAAAUUCAGGAGAUGGAGCAACAGAGGCAGCGUGAGCAGGACAAUUUGCUGAGAUUGAAGGCGCAGAAUCAGAAUUCCAGCAUUGAACUCAGCACACUCAAUGAGAAGAUUAAGGAGCUCUCUCAGAAGAUUUGCGAAACACGCGCUAGCGUGACUAACGUGAAAGCCGUGAUUGAUCGCAUGAGGACCACUAGAGACACGUCGAAUAGCGAGAUGACUCAUCUGAAGAACAAAAUCAAGGAGCAAAAUGCAAAGUUGGUGCAAUUGAGUCAGGAGAAAGCAAAACUCGAUGCGAAGAACAAGGCAAAUCCCGCCGAUCAAGAGCAAAUAUUCAACAAUAAGCAAAUCCAAUUACAGCAGAUGCGCGACAAAGUGGCGGACACGAAGGAAAAGAUCACCGGCAAGCGUAGUGACAUUGAGGCGAACGGUGAACAACUGAGUGAGAUUAAGCAGCAGCUCACUGAAUUGAUUGACAACUGCGAGACGCUCUACGGGGAGUAUGAUGUGCAGCGCAGUCAAGUGAUAGAGCUGAAGAACAACAGACGCAAUGAGGCGGCCACGGCGUCCUGGGGCGAUGAGGAUGCUGGCUGGGGAGCCGCUCCGGCCGUCGAGAGCACACCUAAGGCCGCUGUGCCUUCAAUUCCCGGCUACACCCAGUAUCGCGCACUCUAUGGCUUUGUGGGUCGCAACGCCGAUGAGAUAUCCUUUGAACCGGGAGAAAUUAUCAUGGUGCCAUUCGACCAGAAUGCGGAGCCUGGAUGGCUUGCGGGCGAGAUUAACGGCAAGACAGGUUGGUUCCCUGAGUCUUACGUGGAGAAAUUGGAGGAGACGGCAGCGGAAGUGGCGCCGGUGGCCGCGGAGGCGACGUACAUCGAAGCGACAAACAACGGCGAAGCACCUGCUGAGACCAGUGACUCAGGUUACUACAUUGCAUCGUAUCCGUACGACUCAGCGGAGCCGGAUGAUCUCACCUUUGCCGCGGGCGAUCUGAUACUAGUGACGAAGAAGGACGGCGAAUGGUGGACGGGAACACUGAAUGGGAGAACGGGCAUAUUUCCGUGCAACUACGUGGAUAAGGCUCCGGCUGGAGUUGUUCCAGAGAACAAUGGAGUGAGCAAAAAUGGAGGAUAUCACGAGGAAACUAGUGACUCAGUGGCCGUGGUGCGGCAGGAUAAUGCUGAAAGUGAGGCUAAACUGCAGGCUGAUGUGGAUUCUGAGGUAUCUCAGAUCAACACGAGACCCAAGAGUGAGUCUGUGGAUUACUCAAUCCCAGCAUCAGCGUCAGCAACUCCCAGUUUCCGUGGUAAGAAGCCCGAAAUUGCCCAAGUGAUCGCACCGUAUGAGUCGACGACAAAGGAGCAGCUCUCACUGCAGCGCGGGCAACUGAUAAUGAUCCGGAAGAAGACUGACACGGGCUGGUGGGAAGGUGAGUUGCAAGCCAAAGGACGCGUGCGGCAGAUUGGCUGGUUCCCGGCGACGUAUGUGAAGAUCCUGCAGGGUGGACGCAACAGUGGUCGCAAUACUCCAGUUUCCGCCAGCAAAAUCGAACUGCAGGAGACGAUUCUGGACAAAGUCAUCGCUCUGUAUCCAUACAAGGCGCAGAACGACGACGAGCUGUCGUUCGAGAAGGACGAUAUCAUCAGUGUUGUUGGCAGAGAUGAGCCUGAAUGGUGGCGAGGAGAGUUGAAUGGGAUUCAAGGACUCUUUCCCAGCAAUUACGUUGGAGCAUUCGUGACGUCAGAAAGCAACUGGCGAGUGCAUUAUAGGGGAAGAACAGCGAUGGAGACUCCGUACACAGUGCAAGCGGAGUAUUCCUUCAAGGGGUCCAAUAAUGACGAGUUGUGCUUCAAAAAGGGCGACAUUAUUACUGUGACUCAGCGCGAGGAGGGCGGCUGGUGGGAGGGAACGCUCGGCGACAAGACGGGAUGGUUUCCCAGCAACUAUGUGAAGGAGUACAAGACACCUCUGCCGGUGGCGGAAACUAUUCGGCCGCCGGAAGAGAUUCAGGCUAGUCGUUCGCUGGUUCUCAAUGAUCUACUGGAGAGUGAAAAGGCGCAUGUGGCGGAGAUCCGUGGGCUCUUGGAGAACUUCCUGGAGCCCCUGUCCAACAGUCAAAUACUAUCAUCCGACGAAUACGCUCAACUAAUGUGUAAUUUUGUAGAAAUAGUAGAAAUCCAUGAGGAUCUUUUGUUAAACAUUGAAGACUGCAACGAUCGUGUUGGCAAAUUAUUUCUAUCGAAGGCAUCAGUGAUCAAGAAUAGUCAUCAGGCCUAUUGUGCGGCUCAUCCACGUGCCAUAGUUAUCCUGGAUAAAUACAAAGAUGAACUUGAGACGUUUAUGGAGCGUCAGGGAGCAGCUUCGCCGGGUCUUUUAGUGUUGACAACAGGUCUGUCGAAACCCUUUCGGCGUCUGGAAAAGUACUCAGCCAUGUUGCAAGAACUGGAGAGACACAUGGAGUGUGGCCACCCAGAUCGAGGGGAUACACAGAGAAGUGUGGCGGUUUACAAAGAUAUUGCUUCCACUUGCGCUGCCACGAGACGACAAAAGGAAUUGGAGCUUCAAGUUCUCACUGGUCCUGUUCGUGGCUGGCAAGGGCAAGAAUUGAGCACUCUUGGGGAAAUAAUACAUAUGGGAAGUGUGGCUGUUGGGCCCGAUCAUCGAGAUCGAUACUUUGUGCUCUUCCCUCAAACCCUGCUCAUUCUGAGCGUCAGCCAGAGAAUGAGUGCAUUUAUUUACGAGGGGAAAUUGCCACUGACUAACAUCUUGGUGAAACGCCUUGAGGACUCGGCCACGAUGAAGAACGCAUUUGAAUUGAGUGCACCACUGAUCGAGCGAAUUGUGGCUGUGUGUCAAGGUCCAACGGAGGCCAAUAAGUGGGUUGAUCUUCUGUCUUCAUUCUCAAACUCCCUGCGACGACCGGGUGUGGAUCUCAAGAGGACUGUCGGAAGCAAUGCUUCGAUGAAUGUUCCUCAUCCUCCACCACAUAGUGUCACGCCUCUCGACAUACGUGGCUAUUGUACAAGAAACUCGGUAAUUUCUUACAAUCUGGCAAGGGUGGAAUAUCAGCCCGUUUUUCCGCCAAAAUCAUAUCCAUCAACAGCACCAUAUGCUAGACUGAAUGAUCAUUUUGCGCAGCACGUAAAGAAGGGCAGAUUGACGAGAUUUAUCGUAAAGGCACUGCUCUAUCCGGAAUUCCUUAGGGAAUAUGACACAUCUCAAGUAGUAAUGCGAAGGAGACACAGAACGACAAUAAGGAUGUUGAGAAAGAAAUCCACUGGAAGCAGUGCAGAGAAGACAAAUCUUUCGCGACAGGACGCUUUUGAGUGUCUCUCAUCGGAUAGCAGUAGCUGCAGUACUGGAUCUACGGCAAGCAAUCCUUUUGGGUUGAUAAAAUACUUCACGGGCAAGAGAUUGACGGAUGAGAGUCGAGAAAGGACACACUAUGAGACGUUUAUUGACCACGGAGUUGAGGCGGAUUGCACAAAAGAGAUCUUUGAGACGCUGGAUAAGCGUCCGGAAGAGAGAAAAAUUAGUGGAAUGGAGAUAAAGCGCAGUGAUGACGGGACUGUUUACUUUCGGAACUUCUCCCAUUUGGAGGAGAUUGAUAAGGCGCUGAGGGAUUCACUGGUGGUGUGCUCAAAGCCUGUGAAAAUGGCAGAGUUGAGAUCAUCUUCGGGUGAAAGUGUGGUGCAUCUCUCGACGGCUCGUCUCAAUUUGGCGGCGAUCAAGCAACACUCAGAGGCGUCAGAGGUUUCCAGUUUUGAAAUAGCACUCCCCAAUGGACGGAUGGCGUGUGAGAAUCUGCUGAAAUUAGAUGAUUCCAUGCCGUUGUGCAAUAAUUUGAAGCCCAAAAUCCCAAUUGAUGAGAGACACAGCAUGCCAACUCUAUUCGUGGGGAAUCGCUUUAACAAUUCCUCCUCCACGGAGAUCUACAUUCCCUCGUGGCGUGACACGGGGGAGAAGAAGACUACGGUAACACAUUCCACGUCCAUUGAAUUACCACAAGUAUCGCAGGCACUCGUGCCACUGCCCGAUCACGUCGCCGCGGCGAUCAUGUAUGAUCGCAGCAGUGACGAUAUUGUAAAGCCACCCAGUAUGUUUGCUAGUGGUGCGACUGAUCGUGCAGUUCUUCUGCAUCGCGAGGUGUCGCCUUUCGCGAAGCACUCCAUUAAUUCGGAUCUGAAGAUGAGGGGCAGUCCGAGACCGAGGCGAUCGGUGCGUCGUUGUGUGAGUUCGCAUUUCGUGAGACUAACCAAUGACACGUCCCAGACUCCUGAUGUGCACCCGCAUGAGUGUGGCUGCAAGAAUUCAACUCACAGCCCGCGCUCGAGUGAUUCAGGCAUGGCGGGUAGUUAUACGAUCGCACGAUCUCCUGAGCCGCCAAAAACCAGCAAUGAAUCUCACAGACUGAGGCAUUCGAGAUCGAGUCACAAUUUCGGACAAUUCCCAGCAAUCACCGUGCUGUCGCAGGAAGAGGCGGACUUUACGGAUAGUGGACAGUAUGGGGAGAGUAGCCUAAUCAAGGAUGAUGAGAUGCUUAACUUCCUAGAGCUGUCUACUAGUCGGGAAACUUUUGAAACACAAGUGAGACGAUCACCGACAUUGCCAAGAUCGCGAUCGGUGGAUGACAUCCCAGUGGAAGUGCCACUGGAAUUCUCAGAUACCAACACGAGUAGUGUAAUUGUGGUGCAGGUGCCCGAGGAAGGAAGGGACAAGGAGAAGCAGGUGUUCAGAGCCGGCCUUUAUGCGCACUGGUGGAAAAAGGAGAAAUUGCCGAGUGACUUGCUGCGUGGGAUCAUGUUCCGGCAACCUGAACACACUCUUGGUGAUUGCAAUCGCGAUGGUGGUCAUGUUGGUUUUGGUGGUGGCUCACAUGGAGGGGCUUCAGAUGUCUCCGCCGCCGUCACUUGGAGGAAAUCAUCAAAGUCGCGUCACAACGCCCAUUCACAUGUCUCAACACAAACGCAGUCACUCCUUCAAUCACCAUCUCACGUUCAAUCAACUGCAGAAGCAGCAGCAGGCACAGCCUCAGCAUCCACAUCCAGCACCACCUCUUCCGCCCAGUCAUCACCCCAUUCAGCCAAAGGACCUCAGCCAAGCGCUCGUGGUGUCAAACGAAAAGAGCGUCAACCCAAAAGCUAAUUGGAGCAUCACCAAUUUACGUCCAGCCCCUCCGUCACGAAUGUCUGUGCAGGGUGGAAUUGUGGCCCCCAGGAAAGAUCCGCCAACGUAUGAGGAGGACGCCCUCGUGUU